AUGGCUAAAUUAGCUUAUGCAUUUCUUCUAAUGGUUGUCACAGCUUUUGUGAUCCAAGAUGUUUAUGCUGGUGGAGAAGGAUCUCUUCAUCCUAAUGAGUGCGCGGGAGCAUGUAAUGUGCGAUGUUCAGCAACUUCAAAUAAGGAGAGAUGUUUAGAGUAUUGUAACAUUUGUUGUGCAAAAUGUUUAUGUGUUCCAUCUGGAACAUUUGGUCACAAGGAAGAAUGUCCAUGUUAUAAUAACUUGAAAAAUGAUAAAGGAGGACCCAAGUGUCCCUAGUUUUAUUUUUUGUAUUGUCUAUGCAUGCAUAGAUCUAUGUGAAUGCAUUUCUCUGAAAUAUGAUUAUUAAUAAAAUUGUCUCUAGUUUUUAUUGUGUGUA